AUGCGCGUGGCGGCGGGGGGAGGACAUCAAAGGCGCCGCUCCGGCCGGCGCUUGUGUCGGCUCCCGAAGAGGCGAACGCCGCCCAAUAGGCGGGGCCUACCAGACUCGGCCUUCGGGAUCGAUCGGCAACAGUCGCGAAUCGACUUAAGCACCCCGCCGCCGAAUGUGCCGAAGUCCCAAAUAGCGAGAGCUUUACGCCCGCUUAGGACUUUGUCUGAGUGGCGCGCAAAGUAUUGCUUCGGUUCGGAACUGAGCUUGGUUAAUUCGAUGCAAAUUUUUGGUGACAGAGCGUCCCCCUGUGAAGCUAUUAGGCUAAGUAAAGUUUCAUCGGGCACUGAGCUAGUGAAAAGGGUAGCUCUCUACGAGUUUGAUCGACUCUACAUAACCGAAGUCACGCAGGUGUACGCGAGCAUUAACAAAAUCAUGGAUCGUCGGCUACGGGCCAUCCAGGUGAGCGCGGACAAACGACACGCGUCGGCGCCCUUUGUGCCGAGAUCAAAGGCGCCGACGCAAACACUGGCGAAACGCUAUGACACUGUCCGAUCCUGGAGCGGCGCGUGCGAAACUAUCCUU